UCUCUCGGAGUAUAAAGCGCGGACGCAGCGUGCGCGUCCCCGCCUGACGCCAAGGGUUGGGGUGUGCAGGACGCAGAAGUUAUAUCGCUUUAAACUUAAACCUACUUAGAACUUUAUUUUUAAUAACUGUAUCGUGCGUUUUUAUCUCGUAAACUCACAGAUCCGUCUUUUUAGUUUUUAAUAAGACCGUCAAACCUACGAAAGAUGAUUGAUCAGGUGACCGGAGCUGUGGCUUUGCCCUUCACCGUCCAGCUCAAAGCUCUUCUGGACCAAGAAGCCCGAUGUCAGCCCAAACUCUGUGGACUCCGGGUCAUCGAGUGCGCUCAGGACAACGGUCUGAGGAUGACGGUCAAGCUGAGAGACUUCCAAGUCCGAGAACUUCUCUCCCUGACGCGGUUCUUCGGCUUCAGUUCGGAGACGUUCUCCCUCGCUGUGAAUCUUCUCGAUCGGUUCCUGGCUGUGAUGAAGAUCCAGCCCAAGCAUCUGGCCUGCGUGGGUCUCUGCUGCUUCUACAUCGCUGUGAAGACGUCCGAGGAGGAGAAGAGCGUCCCCUUGGCCAGUGACCUCAUCAGGAUCAGCCAGAACCGCUUCACGGUCCACGACAUGAUGAGGAUGGAGAAGAUCAUUCUGGAGAAGCUGUACUGGAAGGUCAAGGCUCCAACCGCCCUCCACUUCCUCCGAUUCUUUCACUCUCGCGUCCAAGAGCAGCUGGACGCAGAAAGUAAGCGGAUUCUGAACAUCGAGAGGCUGGAGGCUCAGUUGAAGGCUUGCCAUUGCUCCUUUACUUUCACGAAAAUCAAGCCUUCGCUGCUUGCUCUGGCUCUUCUGGCGCUGGAGAUGGAAGAUCAGCACGCGUGUGAGCCGCUGCCUGCUCUCAGAGAGGCUCUGGAUGCUCUGCAGGACACUUUGACUGUUAAAGCUGGAGACCUGGUUUGCGUGCGGGAGCUAGUGGCUAAGUGCCUGGCUGAAUACGCCUCCACCAAGUGCCUGAAGCCAAACGGCCAGAGACUGCGCUGGAUGAUCUCGGGCCGAACCGCCAGACAGCUGAAGCACAGCUACUACAAGAUCGCCCAUCUCCCCACCAUUCCCGAAUACGCUUGUUAACCGCGUUAGUGUCGCGCGCCCGUAACUAAAACGCUUCCGUACUAGUUAUGGGCACCUGACACUAAUUUCUAACACCUCUGCUAACUUUGCUUUUCCUUUCCUCAGUCUCUGUUCUCUUUGACACCUGCCAUGAUUGUAUUUAUUUGACAUGCGCGCUCUUGAUUGCUAGUCAAGGGUGAGUUUGAGCACGUAAGGCUUGCACGUGUACAGUAUGUUCCUCUGAAUCGGCGCGAGAGGCGCUGGUUGUUUGAAGCAGUGAAGUAUAGAACCGCCUAGGUCCUCAGUCCACCGUGUGGAAGAGGAGGGAGAAGGGUUUUGAGAUUCAACACAACAACAGAACCAAGAGAUCAGGCCCAAAACCCUUAACUCCAACCCUAGGUUGUCAGCUGUCGUAAUGCACACUCCUACCCAAGGUGACGAAACAAGAUGUUUUUUUUGUUUUCUUUUCAUUAUAAUGCCGUUCUGCUAAUGAAAUCUGGAUGGCUAUGGAAAUGCAGGCUUUAGUAUGCCUCUAAUAGAAAUAAAAUCACUAAUUAGUUACUAACUGACCAGGCUGCAGCUCAUUUUACAUCUGGUUGCUACUACAGUCUUGUGUGACCAUUUGUUUUAACUCUAACACGAUGAGUGCUACACACAAAGCGGCUUGAAUUUGAGACUCUGCUUUGGUUGUUAUAGAAGUUGAGAGCAGCGUUCUUCAAAAUGUAGUUGAACCUUUCAAUAAAAACAUUGAAAUGUUAA